AUGGCUCCCCACGCUCUUCUCAUUCCUCUUCCUGCACAGGGUCACAUUAAUCCCAUGAUGCAGCUCGCCUGGAAGCUCGUCUCCCAUGGAUUCCUCAUCACUUUCCUCAACUCUGACAGCACUCAUAACCGCAUACACAAAGCCAACACUCUAAAUUCCUUCUUUGAUAACAUCCGAAUGAUAUCUGUUCCCUUCGAAUUCCCGCCAUUGGAUAGUCUGGAAGGCAUUGAAAAUAGAAUCGAGUCGUUAAUAAAGGGCAUGGGGCCUUCAGUAAUUGAUAAAGUGAUUCAGGAAAUAAACGCCAGGGAAGAAGAAAACAAGGUCACCUGUAUAAUUGCAGACGUCUGGAUGUGCUUUGGCUUACAGGCGGUAGCCACGCUCCAUGAACUUCCCCUCGCCGCUUUUCACACUGCUCUUGUUUCACUCUUCGCCAUUCGCUACUUUAGUGCCCAUCUGGUCUCGCUUGGCAUCCUUCAUUCUGAUGGUAACAUAUAA